CCAGCAGCUGCGUAGAUCGUCGGUCCUUUUCUACCUCCUCUGGGCUGUGAGUGAACAUUGUAGUAGGCUUAUGUGUAUCACGCGUCCUUUCGAGGAAAGUGAAGGUUUUUAUUGUGUCGAGUUCAUUAUGCUUUUCUUAAAGAAGUUUAGGCAGUCUGCAUAGUUUUUAAAAUUAGAAAGCUGGUUAAACUCUAAUCCUCUGUCAUGACUGUAGUCACUACCUCAAGGUUUUAAUGCAGUCCCAAGGUUGAAUAUGGAAAAUGGGUAUGAUCAUGAAACUCAGAAGGAUGCUUUGGUACCUUCUGGCAUUCGACGAAGUGCAAGUGAGAGUGUGCUAAGGAAACAUGGUUUAACACUUGACUUGGCUCUAAAUCUGUCUUUUGUAACACAGUUAAAGAAGGAACUCAGCAUCUCUCGUCGUGGAAGUCGUGUAACAUCAAGAAAAAGUUUUAUCUGCAAUACUUCACCCACUUUACCAAGGGGACAUUCACCUGUUUGCCAAUACAGUCCUGCUGAAAGUCCACGGAAUAUGUCUCCCAGUCAGCAUCUUCCACUUGCUGCAGCUAAAAGAUGUGAUGGACGACGAUGGUCAGUGGCUUCUCUACCUUCUUCAGGAUACGGAACUAAUACACCAGGAAGUUCAAAUGUUUCUUCUCAAUGCUCUUCUCAAGAAAGACUUCAUCCUCUGCCAACCCAUUGUGUUCUGGAGGAACAGUGUCAGCCUACCAGAUUCAGCAGUAGUGAGAGUAACCCUCCUUUGGAAGAAGAAGGCUGCAAGUCCCCAUUAAUGCGUCCAAGAUCUCGAAGUUUGAGCAGUCCUAUGAGGUCACCUGGUAUGGAUAAUGAUAUUAUUCUAAUGAACAGUGUGUACAAAGAGAGAUUUCCAAAGGCUACUCAACAGAUGGAAGAAAAACUACAGAACUUCAUCAGUAGUGCGAAGCAGAUUAAUUCAGUGAUCAAUUCUGAUGCUGUAGCUCACUUUGCUCACCAUCAAGUUAUAGAAAUGGCUCGGGAUUGUUUACAAAAGUCACAGGAGAAGCUUGUGACUUCACGUUAUUUCUGUGAAAUGUCUGAAAGUUUGGAGAAGUUGUUAACUGAGUGUCAAGAAAAGUCUCCUUUGGCAGCUCAACAUUUACAAAGAUUAAUAAAAAAAUUGUUGGUAAUUAUUUCUCGUCCAGCACGGCUCUUGGAAUGCUUGGAAUUUGAUCCAGAGGAUUUCUACCGACUACUAGAAGCAGCUGAAGGACAAGCCAAAGUACUUCAAGGAGUUAACCCAGAUAUUCCACAGUACAUAAUCAAUAAAUUAGGAUUAAACAGGGAUCCUCUAUCAGAUUUCACUCAUGAAGAAUCUUUAGGCGAUCAUCCUGAACCUAGUUCCCUUGAAUACAGUUUGGCUGCAGAGACAGCUGUUCAAAUCAGUAAUAAGGCCAGACCUCCUUCUGAAGAAGAUUUUGAAAUGAUAAAACUAAUCAGUAAUGGAGCUUAUGGAGCUGUAUACUUAGUGCGUCACAAAGCAAGUAGACAGAGGUUUGCCAUGAAGAAAAUAAACAAACAGAAUCUGAUACUUAGAAACCAGAGAGAACAAGUUUAUGCAGAAAGAGAUAUUAUGAGUUUUACAAACAAUCCAUUUGUGGUUGGCAUGUUCUGUAGUUUUGAAACAAAAAAAUACUUGUGCAUGGUUAUGGAGUACGUAGAAGGUGGUGACUGUGCUACACUGUUGAAAAACAUGGGCCCAUUGCCUGUUGACAUGGCGAGAUUUUACUUUGCUGAAACUGUAUUGGCUGUAGAAUACUUGCAUAGUUAUGGGAUUGUUCAUCGAGACUUAAAACCUGACAACCUCCUUAUUACAGCCAUGGGACACAUUAAGUUGACAGACUUUGGGUUAUCAAAAAUUGGCCUAAUGAACUUGGCCACUAAUAUGUAUGAAGGAUACUUGGAUCGGGAAACUAAACAAUUUAAUGAUAAACAAGUCUUUGGAACUCCUGAAUACAUAGCACCUGAAGUUGUUUUACUACAGGGUUAUGGUAAACCUGUUGACUGGUGGUCCAUGGGAAUUAUUUUGUAUGAAUUUCUUAUUGGCUGUGUUCCUUUCUUUGGAGAAACCCCUGAAGAACUUUUUGCCCAUGUUAUUAAUGAUGAAAUUGAGUGGCCUAAUGAAAAUGACUGGCCUGUGCCUGAUGAUGCAAAGGAGUUAAUUACUCUUUUGUUGAGGCCAAAUCCAUUUGAUCGGCUAGGAACUGGUGGUGCUCAUGAAGUGAAAGAUCAUGCUUUCUUUGCAUCUCUUAAUUGGGAAUCUCUGCUGCGUAAGAAAGCAGAAUUUAUCCCACAACUGGAAGAUGAAGAAGAUACGAGUUACUUUGAUACGAGAUCUGAUCGAUACAGUCAUGAAGUUGAAGACUCUGAAGAAUUGGAAGAUACUGAUGACAGUUCUUUCUUCAGAAAUUUUUCAUCUUGUUCUCCUCGUUAUUGUAAGGUAUAUUCUCGAGUAGAGAAGGAGUUAAAAGAAGAGAGUUUCACUAAACACUUGAGAGAAGAAUCAACUCUUCGUUCAUCGGGCAGUUUUAACCUGUGCCAGUCGGAUCAGUCUGACAGCUCUAGUUCACAAGGGAGUAGUCUGUGCAAAACUCCUGAAAGUGGGAAAAAAUCAGUUUCAAAUCCAGACUCAACUCUUCAACCAGAAGCUCAGAGUACUCCGGAUUCCUCUCAAACUGAGUCAGAAGAAGUGUCACCUAAGGUUCAGAGACGUCGACGACCAAGUGUAAAAGAGUUGCUGCCACGUUUCUCAAUCAGUAUGGAAGACAACAGACCUUCUGUAGUGGCCAUACCUCCAGAUUACAAGGAACUGUCACCUGUCAGUGAAGGCACUGCUCAAAGAGUGCAAAGCAGAGCUGUUAAGUCCAGGAAAGAGAUUUCUCCUGUACCACUUUCGGCUAGAAUACCAAUACCCUCGGCCCCAAUGUCUUCUAAUGGGUAUCAACAGAAAUCUCGCUCGGUCAUCAAAUCAGCAUCUGCUUCUGGAUUGUCGUUGAUCAUCCCAGCUGAUGAUAUAGGUGGCUCUCCCGGUGAAUCCAGUACCAGUUCUCGAGACACGUCACCUAGUAGGGACACAAGCCCUCUUACCAAUCAGCUCAAACCUCCUAUAAUUGUCAGGCGAGGGCCACGUGGAUUUGGUUUUACAGCUAGAGCAAUUAGAGUAUAUUUCGGUGACACUGACGUUUACACUGUUCAGCAUCUCGUAUCGGCUGUUGACAAUAACAGUCCUGCAUUUGAGGCGGGACUUCGACCUGGAGACCUGAUAACCCACCUUAAUGGAGAAGCUGUUCAAGGACUACUUCAUCAUCAGGUUCUUCAUCUUAUUUUGUCUGGUGGUGAUAGUCUUCAUGUUCGAACUACCCCUUUAGAAAACACCACCAUUAAAAGUGGAGGCAGGAAACGACAUCCAUCUUCUAUCAAAAUGAUAACGAGACCAACGACUCGAAGACGUACAGGCCAAGUAAAGAAGGAAAACCAGUCUGAAAAGAAAAGAAGAACCUCACUUCUUCGUCGUCUAAGCAGUAAAAAAGCAAGUGCUGAUUUCCAUCAAAUAACAACUGUUUCUCCUACAAUGGCUGCUCAGAACUGGAGUGUUCAAUCUGUCCAUCAAGGUUCUGUAAUAGUGGCUGAAAAUCCACCAGCAUCUUCAACUUGUAAAGUAAAUCGAUCGUCGACAACUAAUCGUCUCUCUUCGGGUUUUGACAUCUUUCGGUCGGUUGCUAUUAAUUCUUCAGAAAGUACUUCUCCAAGCUCAAGUGUUCCAAAUUCUCCAGCAAGUUCUGCUCAUUUUCCCCGUCCUAGUUCUCUACAUGGCCUGAAGCACAAGUUGGCUCAGACUUGUCGUUCACCUCGGCGAAAAUCUGUGGGUCAUAUUCCUUUAUCUCCUCUUGCUCGAACCCCUUCACCAUCUCCUCUUCCUUCUACUUCACCUACUCGUUCACCUUCUCCACUAGCUUUUCCUCUGGCUCAUCAGGCUGGAAGCUCACAGACCACUCAGAGUUUUGUAGUACAAAAAGGACCCUCGAUGAUUACUCUUACACCCUCCAUUUCUAGCAGGAAACCAGUGAUAAGACCUAAAAGUGCAGAACCUGGAUCUCCCUUACUGAGACGAGCCCUUUCACCAGAUCGCUUGCAUCCAAAAUCUGCAGAAGGAAAGAUAAGGCAGGAGUCAGUUUCUGGACAGACUUCUCCAUUAGCUCUUUCAUUUUCUCAUCACAAUAAGUCUCAGUAUUUUUCAUCUUCUCCUCCUGUUACAUCUCAGAUACGUAAACUUGCACUAACAAAUUCCACACCAAAGAGUGAUCUGCCAAAAAUUGUAAGACCUCAGCCUUUUUUGCCUAAUAUUGAAGACUUUUGUAGAUCCCAUGGUUCAAUCCUAGAUAAAGUAAGAAAACCUUUCAAUUCAGAUAGCUUCUUCCAGUAUGCUCUAGCUCUAAAAGCUGAAACUGGUGCUAUGUUUGAUUCGGAAGCAAAGGAAAAAGAUAAAGCCAACAAUUCAGAAGUAUGCCAUACAUGUGCAACAGUCAUGAAAGAAGUACAUAAAAUUGAAACAUCACAGGAUGAAUCUCACUUGAAAGAUAAACAAAAUACUCAUGACCAAACUGACGAGGAACAUUCCAGUUUGCAGAAAAUUACUACAAGUGAGAAAACAGCUGAAACAAGUCAGCCCCACAAUCCUGAAGGAUAUGACCACCAUGCCCCACAAUCCUUUCUGGAGUCUGAAGUCAACACUUUGAAGGUAAUUGAUGAAAAUCUUGUUUCAGAACAACUGUCUUUUCACCCUGACUCUCUUUCCUCAAUGAACACUUUGUCUUCCGACGAUAAGGAGUUUCAUGAAUAGAUGAUGCUUUACUUCAGCACUUAUUAAAUAAAGCAAGCUUAAGAUAUUCACUGAUUUGUAGUAAUAUUAUAUAUGUCUGAGUGGUUGUGCCACCUGUCUAGAAAAGUUUAGAAAUGUACUUUGUGUAAGUGUUAAUGAUGGCUCUAAAAGUCCGGUUUGUGAUAAGUACUCUUAUCAAAGUUGUAUCUAACCUUCAAGUCAAUGUUAAUGUACAGUUAAGGCUGAAGCUUUAUAGUUUUUUAUGGUGCAAAGAUGUUAAUCACCUUGUACACCUUUCUGAGAUUUAUAAAAAGUUGUAUUUAUGAGAUUUAUUAUAUUAUUUUCAUAGACAUAUGUACAGGUAGUGAGUAUAUAAUCUCAGUAAAUUUCAACUUUUUUAUAUCCAAAAUAUUUAAAAGUUCUGUUUGUAUUUCUUUGUUUUGGGGAUUUUCGUAAUAUAGGUUGUGACUUUUUUGUCUUAAAAUUAGUCAUAGAAUGUGCUCUUUUUUUUAUGUUCUGAAAUAUUCAAAGUGUUCAGUUUCAGGUACUCUCAUGAUUAUUAUUUUUUAAUAGAAAAUAUUAUCCCAGCUGUCUGUUUAUUAAUAUUAUUGGCACUGUCAUUGUGUUGUGGUGGUGUGUGUUAUUCUAAUACCAGUUGAAUGUUUUAAUUAUAACAGCUGAUAUGUUAACACCUUUCAAGUCUGAAAUCCAGUUUAUUCUACAAGAUAAGUCAUUAGAGAUUGUAGUAACUGUCAUUUAGGUAAUAUAAACCACUUGUUUAAAGUUUCAAGAUAAUGUGUAGCCUGGUUGUAGAUACUCUUGUAUGCAUUUGUUACAUAUAGAUUAAAAAAAAAGACCAGGUUGAUCUAGUAUGACCAAUCUAUCUUAUGAAUACAUGUGCUCAAAAUCUUAAAACUUUUGUGAUUUAAACCAAAAGGGAAAUACAUUCUGUCCAAAUGUUGUGUUGAAUUAUUACUUACUCCAUAUCUGUUUUUGGAAAUUUGUUUGUAUAGUGAAUAUUAGUACAUUAGAGAAUAGAACAAAGUGCUUAAAGUAUAUACAGUGUACCCAGCAUUUUAAUUAACUGUUAUUAGUGAACUGAAGUGUUUCUCAAGGAAGAAUUAAAGGUGAAGUUUAACCAGAUUAGAUACAUUUUUAUGGGUAUUUUAUUAGAAGAUCUCACUUGUUAAGUUCUUUCAAUAGAAAGAAAAUGGAUUAUGAAUGUAUAUUUAUUAAGAUUUGUCAUAUUAUAUUUGCUAAUCUAUUUUAUAAAGUGUUCAUGUUAAUUACAUAGGUGUAAGUAAGAAAUCUUUCGCAAACAAGACAAUAACAGACACACAGACAACUGUAAGAAUAAUUAGACUUGAUUUAUUACAGACAAAAUAUUAGUGUAAACUAGACUGGUACGUGUGUGUUGGAUGUAAGAAUAAUUAAAUUAAACUGUAUAAAAAUAUCACUAACUGGUUGUGUGUCAUAAAACUAAUUACAUUCAAUGUACAUACAGAAGCAUAUGAGUAAAGAAAAGUUAAAAAUAUACUGUUAGUAGUUUGUAGAAAGAUUUGGGACUUGAUUAUAUGCACCUCCUAUAAAAUUUAAUUAGCUGCUUUGAAACUGGUUACAUCAACCGGCGGUUCUUAUGGUCUUUAUAUCUACCUAGUUAUAUAUAGUACAUUUUGUGUAAAAAUACUUGCAUAUAAAAGAUUUUUGGCCAUUUUAUUAUGAUUCUACAAAAUUUAACAAGGUUAUCUUUUGCAGUUGAAGAGAUUGGAAAAAGAAACUGAAAUGUUUUUUUUUUUUUUGUUUAAAAUACAAAUAAUUAUCUUAGCUUUACUGUAUAUAUAUAUAUAUUGUCAAUGUAACAGAAGUAAUAAAAUUACUUAAUACGUAAUUUUACAUUAUAUAACAGUGAACAGUAUGUUAAGGCACUCUGAUUUUAUACUGAAUGCAUAAAAAUAAGGAACAAGUAUUAUUAAUAAUAGAUGUAUGCGAUGUUUUUGUGGUACAGUUUCAUUAUAGACCUGCUACUGGAAAUACAAGAAAUUGUUUUUCUCUGUCUUCUGUCAUUUAUUUAAGUUCACAAGAAACACUUUGACAAGCCAAGCAUUUAAAUUUUUUUUUAUCCUUGCAAUUCAAGACUCCUGAAAAUCUUUCUUACCCCUAAAAAUGGACCCCUUGUAUUGGCAUGGAAUUGUUCUUAAGAACAUGAAAUAAAGAUCUGAAUAGUCAAUUCGGUAAAAGGAACCAGAAUCGUUUUCAGUAUACUUUCAAAGUUUUUCUAGUGUGAUCAUAAUUUGAGUCUAUUAUGCUCUCUGUAUUACAAUUGUGCUACAAAAGGAAAAAUUACAAUGUAGAGCACCACUUAUUUAGCUUAUGCUAACAUCUGAUAAAUUAUAACGUUCUGAAGUACACACUUAGUACUCUCUAGCUAGCGUAACCAAGACGUUCAAAGUUGAGUCUUUCUAUUUUCUAUAAGUCAAUCUUUUUCAGUUGUACCGAGAUACGCUAAUCUAGAAAAAAGGCUAAGUUUUAUUUCCGUAUUUGUAUUUACUUCAUUCAAAGUAGGAAGGUCAGCAAUCUCAAGAUGUUUGUAUUUAUUUCCGAUACACACACUAAACAAGUGAUGAACCAAGGAACUAAUGCUUCAUAUUCUGUCGUGUAAUAUACUACCUAAUUAGGCCUAACUGGUACUUCAUAGUACUUAUCGGAAUAAGUGUUUUGAGUACAUAGUUUGAAAUAGAACAACUGUGAAAAUGUUCAUAGUGUGAUGACAUGCUUAAACUUGUUGAUGUGUCUUUUUUUCGCACGUUGAAAGGAAAGCUUUAUUUCAUUUAAAUAAAACAAAACCUUUCACACUUGGCCAGGAAAAACGACCAUUAAGAAAAAAGUUUUAAUGCAAAGUAUUUCUAAGUUGUUGCAAGUAAUAUGCGAUUAAUUUACAAAGUUUUUUUUAAGAGUAUUGUGUCUUCAAGACCUAAAAGCUAAAAGCCAUCCUGUUUACUGGCGUUUUCUUUUACAAAGUACAUUAUCUAUUUACGGACGAGUUGUUGUAACUUGAAAUCUAAACUCCUAAACCUAAAUUGGUAAAUGUUGUGUGCAGAAACUUUCAACCACAGGGAAAAAAGCUUGACCAAAUAAUACUCGGAAAAACACCGAUUACUUAAUUAGAAAAACGAGAUUAGAGAUAACAGUAGAAAUUUUUGUUUCAUUAUAUCAAACGUCAAGAGUUUAUGUUGCUGGCACAAAGUAUUGACAAUACUAGGUGAUUUAUUUCUUUAGAUUUUGAAAUGUAAAACAGUUCGUGCGUGAUACAAAAUUUGUGUAGUAUGUUCAUACUGAGUACUGUUUUAAAGUUUCAUGCUGCUAAUAACGUUUUAAUUUAAUAUGAACUUAAAUUUGUUGCCUAACUGAAAUAAAUUCUAUAGGUUUCUCUACAAAAAUAUUAAGUUUUUGUUUUUUUAUUAUCCAUAUUUCUUUAAAUGACGUAUACAUACGCAAUUAAGUGGGACGACUUUAAACGAACUAAUCUUGAAGGACGAAAUGCAUGCAGUUUAGGCUGUUGUGACGUACCGUAAAACCCUUCUUUAAGCUAUAUAAACUUGGUGAAAUGUAUAUUGGCAAAUUUUGUGUUGUCGAUAUUUUAAUUUUGAAUGUUAAAAUGUAUAAAAUAUAAUAUUCGAUUGUUGGACAUAACUUUUAUUAUAGGAAUGUAUUGAACGAAUCUACCAUGCGGAAUUGUAAGUCUGUACAGUAAAUACUUAUACAUGUAUAAUGUGAUAAUUCGUAACCUACGUUGAUGUUAUGAAUAAAUGGUUUUUUUUUGUGUGUUUAA